AUGUUGCAAAAACAUGGCUUUGGGUUUGCUUUUUUUAUCGCUACUAUUAUUUUGAGUAUUACAACUGGAAUUAAGUGUGUGUAUUUGAAAAGACAGAUUAACGAGAAUUUAUUUGAAAUAUCACAACAUAAAUAUCCUAGCUUUUUUUUAGGAGACAAGUAUAAUAUAAAAAACAGACAUUUUUUAAAAAAUCACAAUAAAAUAAAAUACCAUAACAAAAAAGAGAGUGAUAACAAAAGAAAUGACGCCUAUUUGCUGUAUGGUCAUAAAAAAAAAAAUAAAAAUAAUAUUGAAAAUUCUAGUUUAGAACAAACUUUAAAAACUAAAACAUCAGGAAAAUGGAAUCAAACAAAUAAAAAUGAAAAAGGGAAAGGUAGUGAAAUAAAUUAUGACGAAGAUGAUGAAGAUAUAGAAAUGGACGAGGAUGAGGAAACUGAGAAAAAAACAAACAAACAAAUUUCAAAAAAUAUUAAAGAGGAAAUUAAAAAAAAAAAUAAUGAAACAUUAACACUAAAAAAUUGUAGUAUAAAAAAAAAAAAAUUAAAUAAUAUUAUGGACAAAGAUGAAGAGGAAAAUUCUACAGACGAGCAAGCAGAUGAACUGGACGAAGCAGAAGAAGGUGAAGAAGAUGAUGAUAUAAAUGAAGAGUUCGAAGAUGAAGAAGAAGAUAUAGUAAUUACAGAAGAGGAGUUUGGAAACUUAAGUAAAUUAUGUUCUGAAAAAAUGAAUAAAGUUUAUGAGUAUAUAAAAAAAGAGUCAUAUAGAUUUAAUUUAAAUAAUGUUUCUAGUGCAAUGUUUGAAAAUGAAAAAGUAAAAAUAAAUGAACAAAUAUAUACAAUAAAUCAUAUAUGUCAUAUAAAAAAGAAAGAGAACUUAUUUAUUAUAACACCAUAUGAUCCAUAUUUUGUUAAUUUUAUUUAUCAACAUUUUAUUAAAGAAUAUAAUGAAUUAAAAUUUUAUAUAAAAGAUAAAUCAGUAUAUGCUGUUAUACCACCUUUGUCUGAACAUUUAAAAAAUGAAAUUAAAAAUAAAAUUAAAGACAAAAUAGAGGAAUCAAAAAUAACUCUAAGAAAUGUUCGAAAAAAAUUUAUGACCAAGCUAGAAAAAAUUAAAAAUUAUAUUGGAAAGGAUAUUUAUUUUAAACAAAAAAACCAUAUCCAAAGUUUACAUGAUCAGACAAAAAAAAGUAUUGAAAAAAUAUUCAACGAGGCGAUAUAA